AUGUUUGGACACUCCAGAGCCAAAAGGAUCCCUCCUCUGGGGCGCAAAUUCACUCUCCCACAUUCACUAUCUGAGAAGGUAGAGGAAGCUGUGGAGCUGGUACCAUCCAGGCACCUCCCACUUUCUUGCCCAUAUGGGGUGGAGGAGAAGGUCCAAGAAGAUCCCAGAAAAAACAUGGAGGAUCUUGUAGAGACCAAAGGGCAGAAUGGUGGGAACAGGGUCCCCCAUAACGUUGGGGACAUACCAUUAAAAUCUAGUCCCCUGGAGACCAGUGGGCUUCUCAGUUCCUCACAGCGCAGCCCCACACCUUUGGACCUCCAUCCUAAUCCUCCAGGAGACAGUUUGAGGGAGAACACCCAGAAGUCUCUGAUGAACUGCUGCCCUGAAGGCCACGUAGUCACCUCCUCCCAUGGCCCAGCCGGAAAUGUCACGCCUGACACAGAUGCUGCAGUGCUCCGCGACCCAACCCCAUGCUGCCCCUUACUGCAGGAGACAUCAACAAAGGAAGUGUUGGGUGAAAACCAUCAGCCUAUAGGGGACACAUCAUACCUAUCUAGGAAGGAGAUACAGGUUAAUGAGCCUUCAGGCAUCUCAUCAAGGAGCUCUUUUUCCCCUGUAUCUGCCAGCAGUAGGCCCUGCAAAUGGAAAACAUCCACAUCACAUUCUCGGCCACUGCCACCGCCCCAGUUGUGA